UUAGGUUUGAAUGUGUCGUGUUUUUAGUCAGUCAAACGCCAGACACAGCCCAACGUGAAGGCGCCAGACUUAAACAAAAAUCCCAGUUGGAGACGCUGUUAAUUAGGUUUCGCUUGUUUGAAUAAAGUCGGAAGAAAGUCGAAAUAACUCAGCUGCACUUAUAUAAGAUAUUGAUCAUUGAUCCUGACCAUGAAGACCUCAGCUCAAGAAGAAUGUGGUGUUUGGCUGGACACUUUGCAACUUAAAGGAAAAGCAAAACAGAAGCAACCUGCUCGUCCCAUUUCUAAGCUGCUGAACCCCUUUGCUAAGGGUGGAGGGUACAGUCUUGCUGUAGCACUGAACUUCACUCAGACUGAAAUGAAAAUGCCAAAAACCAAACAGAGCUCUAUUUCAACCUUUUUUACAUCUCAUCGCAGAGUCCUUAAAAAGAUGGCGACACAGUCCUGCUCAUCUACCUCAACGGCUCCCACAAACAUCUCAUCGGGGACUAAACGACGAUAUGAAUCAGAUGUUGAAAAGUCUGAUGUGUAUAAAUCUGAGCCUAGGCUGGACCACGACUGGUUUAGUAAAAAUAUGUAUGGAUCACAACAAGUAGCAUGGGAGAAAUAUGAGGAAGAAAGCCCUACACCUUCUGAAGACUUGCUCUUUGAACCAAAGGAAGAGCAGUAUGAGGAGAUUAAUCCACCAGCGAGUAAGAAGAGGUUCACUGAGUGUUCCUUGGUAGCAGAUGACAGUCAACCUCCUCCACAAGCAUGGAGUCAGGACCCACUGUUCACCUGUAGCCAAUAUCCCAACAGCGAAUGUUUCCUAAGUAACCAGAAAACCCAAGCAGCCAAGACAUUUAACAGCUCUGAGCCAAGUGAGGAAACAUUUGGAUUUCAUUUAGAUCUUGAGGGGAAAACAUCAACUCAAAAAUCCUUAAAAUACUUUAAGAUGGAUGAUGACAAAGAAAACAGCACAACACUGUCUCCUAAUUCCCACGUUGACCCUAUUUCAAACCAUAAAUGGAUCCCACCAAAAACAGCAUCACCUAGUAAACACUGCAGAGAUCAGCUUUGGAAACAAAGUGAUAAAGAAAAGAGCUACAACUCACAGUUGAAGUGGAAUAAACCCAAAAGCUCUCCCCUUAAAAAACAAGCACUGGAGCAGCAAAGCAGAGACGCUUAUGAAGACAAUCUAGCUAUGUUGUUUACCCAGGACUCUGAAGGUUUCAGGGUGAUUGCACAUAGAGGUCUGCAAACGAGAAGUCCCCUUAAGGACCAGACAAAUGUAAGCACUGGCAUAGUAAAAAAUGCUGUUUACAAAUCACAGGUGGAGGAGGAUGAAGAUGAGAUGCUCUUUACUCAGGACUCUCAGGGAAAUAUGGUCAUCAAACACUGAGGUGGUACUGUAGUUUUUUCUGUUUUUCAUGCUGUUAAGAGUCUCUUUGUGUCACAACAAACAUCCCAUUUAUUUUUGUGCCUCAUUCUAAAGCUAUUUUUAUUUGCCCUUUUUUCCUGUAGCUUUUCUAAAGUUUGUUUUUGAUACUAAAAGCAUGUCCUUUAUACAUAGAAGGUUUUGUAAUAACACGAAGAAACAACUGGGGAUUUUGAUUUGGUUUAUAAAACGAUACACAAUUACACCACAUUGUUUUCAUGUAAAUGGUUUCAGGGAGCAUUACUGGUGUUUUAAAUGCUGGUGCCAUCUUCUACGUCUACGUACAAAAUACACUGGUGUACAAAGCCAGAGAGGGAGUAGGAAGUGCUCAAGUGUGAGGUUAUCACAACUACCGCGUCACUAUUUAAUGAAUUUAUUAAACUGAAAUUAGUAGCCAAGUA